GGGCAAUUUGCUGGAAGAAGAAGCUUGACUGGCUGGUAGGAGAACUACAUUGGGCAAGCACGAGCUAGCAGUAUUUGUUACAAUGGCAUAGCUACUUUCUUUACAGGAAACAGUGAAAAAUUUCCAUGAAAAUAUGCAAAGAAAUUGUUGGUUCUCCUGUCAUCAGUGCCUUGAUCAAUAACUUGAUACCCAUCGCGUCCGAGGAGAUUUAUCAUGUUUGGGGUGUCAAGAAUGAAAUCACAAAGCUUCGCCAAACUUUACUUGGUAUUCAAGCUGUACUUACUGAUGCAGAGAAGCAACUAGAGCAGGACACAGUUAUGGUUUGGUUGCAAAAUCUGAAGGAAGUUGUUUAUCAGUCUGAUGACAUAUUGGAUGAAAUUGCGUAUGAAACACUACGGCGUAAAAUGGAAGUUCAAGGUCGGGUGCAAAGAAAGGUAAACAACUUCUUUUCGCUAUCGAACCCAGUUUUGUUUCGUCUCAAGAUGAGUCACAAAAUUAAACAUCUGAACCAAAUUCUGGAUCACGUCGCGAGGGAGAAAGAUCAGUUGGGUUUAUGCGUACGUACUUCCUGCAGCGGUACUGCUGCUACAAGUACUUCUAGUGGUCUCAGACACAGGGGAACUUUCUCUCAUGUUGAUAGCUCAGAAAUUGUUGGAAGGGAACUUGCAAAAUCAAAUAUCAUAAAGUUGCUAGUUAACAGCUCCGAUAACGGAGUGGUUUAUUCCGUUGUCCGCAUUGUUGGGAUGGGUGGUGUUGGCAAGACUGCACUUGCUAAACUUGUUUAUGGUGAUCAGUCAGUUACAGAUCAUUUCAACAAAAAUAAAUUGUGGGUUUCGGUUGCGAAAAAUUCUGAUCAGAAGGAAGUUCUCAUUAACAUGCUGGAAUUGAUUAUGGAAAAGAAAUGUGGCAUCUCAAGCUUGGAUCUCAUUGUCAGUAAACUCAAAGAGAGUGUUCAAGGCAAGAGAUAUCUGAUAGUACUCGACGACGUAUGGAAUGAUGAAAACAAUAAGUGGGAUGAUAUGUUAACUACUUUGCUGCAUAUAUGUUCCCAUAGAAGCAAAGUUAUAGUGACUACAAGAAGCGAAGAAGUUGGUUCGAGAUUGAGAUCUUCAUAUGAACAUCGUCUGGAAGGGUUACGUGCAGAAGAUUGGUGGUCUUUGUUCAAGAUAAACGCGUUUCUGUUUGGAGGAGUGGAAAAGACAUCAGAUUUGAUCCGAAUAGGUAAGAAUAUUGCAAAGAAAUGUGGAGGAGUGCCUUUAGCUGCAAAGGUCAUUGGGUGUUUGAUGUCUAGAACAGAUGAAGUUGAGUGGCAAUCUGUUGCAGACAGUGACGUCUGGGAUCUCCAAGAAGGCGAAGAAAAGGUAGUACGUGUACUGAAGUUGAGCUAUGAUUAUCUGAAUCCACAUCUUAAACAAUGUUUUUCGUAUUGUUCGUUAUUUCCUAAGGGUCAUGUUAUGAAGAAAAAGAAGCUUAUUCAAUUGUGGAUGGCUGAAGGGUUUCUUGGUUCUUCGAAAUCAAACAAAGAUAUGGAAGAAGUUGGCAAUGAAUAUUACAAUUUUUUGUUCGAAAACACUUUUUUUCAAGAGGGAAGAAAAAAUGAAUAUGGAGAUAUGAAGGCAUGUAAGAUGCAUGGGAUUGUGCAUGAUCUUGCACUAUCUGUCGCCGGGACUGAAUAUUGGUCUAUGCUAGAUGUUGAUGAAAAUCAUGAAAUGGGAACUAAAAGACUGCGCCAUGUGUGUUUCGCCCUGGGGAAUGAGUUCUCUACAAUUCCAGAAGCCAUGUAUGAGGAAACAAACUUGAGGACGUUUAUCGCGUCUACUCCAAAGUUCAUAAAUGAUGCUUAUGCUGCGCAGAUUUUCUCGAAGUUCCGUUGUUUACGGGUACUGGAUUUAAGUGACAGUGCCAUAGUUGAUUUGCCAUCUUCGAUUUCCAAGUUGAAACACUUGAGGUACCUGGAUCUCUCAAAUUCUCAAGUAACAACCUUACCUGAUUCUCUCACAAGGCUUUACAAUUUGCAGACUUUGAUUCUCAAGAACUGUUUCCAGCUUAAAGGUCUUCCGAGGAAAAUGAAAAAGCUCAUUAAUUUGAGGCAUCUUAUAAUUUGCAAGACCCGGAGGAACGAAUGGAUCCCUCCGAUGCCCAGUAAGGUACGGAAUUUGCGUUUCCUGCAUUACUUGCCCAUAUUUGUUGUAGGGAACAAGAAAAAAGGAUUUGGUAUUGAGGAGUUGAGAAACCUUAAUCUUCUUGGUGGAAAACUACAAAUUCACAACCUCGACAAUGUUCGUGAUAAUGAAGCUGAAGCAGGAUGCUUAAAAGAAAAGCAACACAUUCUAAGAUUGGAGCUGCAUUGGCCAGAGAUCGAUAAUUCUAGUGGUAUUGUGAGUGAUGGAUUUGCAGUGCUAGAAGGUCUUCAACCUCAUCAGAAUCUUAAGCGACUUGGUAUCUACAACUACGUUGGCUCGAAAUUCUCCACUUGGAUGAUGAGCCCAAAUAGUUUGCUGCUUAAUUUGGUUUUCGUUGUUCUGAAAAAUUGUUAUUUAUGCGAGAAGCUUCCACCGCUUGGGUUGCUUCCUUGUCUCAAAAUUCUCAAACUAGAGGGACUUUACUCUGUGCAAAGUAUCGGAAGUGAGUUCUACGGCGGAAACGAUGUAUCGUCUUUCCCUUUGUUGGAAGAGCUCUCUCUAGUUGAUAUGCUCAAUUUAGUAGUAUGGUCAGAUCAAGUUUCAUCCUCUACUUCUUCGUUUUCGAGUUUUCCUCGCCUUGAGCAGUUGAAGGUCAAGUACUGCCACAAGUUAACAAUCAUGCCAACCCGGUUUCCGUCCCUGAAAGUAUUGGAGUUUGAAGACUGCAACGGCAAGCCUGUCAGUUCAUUGGUGGAAAACAAUCUAAGUUCUCUUACUUCUAUUCAGAUUAAGUUAUGUGAGGAGCUAGUAUUUCUUCCGCGGCGACUGCUUAUAGGAAAUGAUAUCCUUCACAGUCUUGUAAUUUGGAACUGCCAAAGCUUUGAAGGCUUUAAUCCGGAUCAAGACCUUGAAGAGGAGGAGGAGUACGUUGAGUUACUUCCUAACAGCGCUCUCUACACCUUGUGCUUGUUUGAUUGCCCGGCUUUAACCUCAUGGCCGGACUUACACGGAUUCAAUUCUCUCUCAUUUUUGCUUGUCAUAGGCUGUAAAAGACAGAAGUACAUCUCAAGUGGAAUAGAAUGCCUCCCGAAACUUGAAUAUCUUGGAAUUGGUGGGUUCUCGGAAGAGUUGGACUCGUUUCCGUUUCCUGCAGCCAAUAUCGAUGAAGAUGGAAACGCGGUUGGAAACUACUUCCCGUCGCUGUCUCUGUUGUACAUUUACGGGUGGUAUAAACUCAAAUGUUUGCCACACCAAAUUCAGUACCUCACUUCGUUGCAGACUCUGCACAUGUGGAAUUUUCAUUCUUUGGUGGUUCUGCCUGAGUGGCUGGGUAACUUAGCUUCUCUUAGGGACUUGGAGAUAAACUCCUGCCAGGAUCUCAAGUGUUUGCCUUCUCAAGAGCAGAUGUUACGUCUCACCUCGCUGCAACAACUGAAACUUAUUGAUUGUCGACUUCUGGUGAAUAGGUGUAAAGGAGGAGGACAGGAAUCGGACAAGAUAAGACACAUUCCUAAGGUAGAAUUUCAUCUCAGUGAAUAGAACCCAAUAUAUUCACUCACGUCAGGUGUGUUACGGAUGUUCACUUAUACAUUUUCUUGCAGUUGUGUCUGUUUGUAUUGUGGGAAAUCAUUUUUACGAUUAUGAAAUGUAGAUAGAGUUAUAAAUUAUUUGAAGUUACACCAA